GUUUAUAAUUAUUUUAAAUCACUCAAAACCCCUCAUUAUACACUGAAUACCUUAUGUAUUGCUAAAUUUAAUUAUCACGUUCAGUAAGACCUUAUUGUUUAAUACUUUAGGUCCUUUAUAACCAUUAGAAGGGCCGAUGUUGAAGAUGAAACUCCUAUUUUGUUUCCUGUUGGAACAGAAAUAUCUCUAAGUGAUUUACGUUGUGCUUUCCCUAAUAUCAUUUCCCUGCGUUACACUGACGAAGACCAGAAACUUCAUUACCACAUAAUAAGUAAAGACGACAAAUUAGUAGAGCCAGAUGGGGGUUGGUUAAAAAAAAAUCGAAUGUAUCUAGCUGUCUGUGGGGUUGGACAAAGAGAUGGGAUUACCUCUCGCCACGGACUUUUUCAGUCAUAUAGGCGUCAGUUAGCAUCAUCGUCUAACGGAAAAGAAAAACGCAGCACAAAAGACGAAGAAGCAUCAGUUAUGUUAAAGGUUGGGCAUGGUCAGUUCAAAUCAGGGAAAUUUACCCGGAUUUCAGCCAACAGUUUAUCUCUUCAGGGAGGUAUUGUACUUGUGGGACCUUUUAAUACAGAAGGAAACACCACGGAGGAGAUUAAAAAGGCAGCAUUUGAAAAAUUUUCCAUGCAAAACCGCCCCUUCAAGCAGAAGUUCAAGAGUCAUACCCAGUUCGUCCUGGUUUAUCCAGAUGGAAAAAAAGUGGAUAUGCUCCCGGACGGAAAGGAGGAAUUUUCCAUUUUGAAAUACAGAAAUUUUUUAGAUCCGAAGAAAAGAUUCGACCGUCUUAGACUGUAUAUAUGCAAUACCA